GGACUUGCUCAUGAGGACGGGAGGAGGGAAGCAGCACGGCCGGUACAUGAUUGCCCACAGCGCAAUCAACCCGGCCACCGUACCCACGCUCCGCGAGGUUCGGCAGGGGAGCAGCUCGACCUCCGACGUCCCCAUACGGCCUCGUCAGCCGAGCUCCGUGCAGCAGAUAGCUACGAUGCAGUCGCAGCUAGAGGAGUUGCGGGCCAGGCAGGACGAGCUGCAGGAGGCUCAUCGGCGAGAGCUGGCGGCCGCGCUGGCGGCCAGAGACGAGGCCCAUCGGCGCCACAUGGAGGCACAGCAGCAGCACACGCAGCGUCAGAUCUCGGACCUAGUCGGAUACUUCCAGUCCAUCCACAGCUCUACAGCGCCUCCGCUGCCUGCCUCGCUCUUCGCUCCACCCCCUGUUCCACCCCCUGUUCCUGCCCCUGCAGGCAGUCCGCAUCAGUCGUGGGGUUCGAACCCGACCCCUUCUCCAAGGAGUGGGUGGCAGGUUACUACUUAUGGCCACCCAAGUACGCAGCACACGUGGCCUGGUGCCCAUCCGCAGCACGGCCACCCCGGGUUGUCCGGCAGCCCUCCUCCGCGCCCCGGGUACUCGUACCCGUACCCGUCGGUGCCAGGGCAGGCCAUGUGGGCGCCGUGGGCAGGUGCGAGCUCUACACACCCUGGGGGGCACUCACCCUGGUCGGCUUGGCCAGAUGGAGGCUCGGGACACGACGGAGGCCACGGCGACGACAGGUCAGAGUCACAGCACUAG